GCCCCCCUGAGCAGGGUCAGCGUUCCCGGCCGGAGGAACCGCUGUCAGGAGGAAAAACAGAACUACACGCCGCUGGCCUGUAGUUUUGUUUUUUUCUGAGGCCUUCCUGCGCCGCUCAGCUGCUCUUCUGGACUUUCUGACCCGGGUUCUGGACACAGACCUUCAGCUUCCUGCAGACCGCCCAGCUUUGGGCCCCCAGGCACCCUUGUGCAGACAAGGUGCCGACCAACAUGUCCACACAGGCGCCGACGUUCACUCAGCCUCUUCAGAGCGUCGUGGCACUAGAGGGUAGUGCCGCGACGUUCGAGGCUCAAGUUAGUGGUUCUCCAGUUCCUGAGGUGAGCUGGUUUCGUGAUGGCCAGGUUCUUUCCACCGCCGCUCUGCCCGGCGUUCAGAUCUCGUUCAGCGAUGGCCGCGCUGUUCUGAGGAUCCCCGUUGUGACCGCCGCACACAGCGGACGCUUUUCUGUCAGAGCCACCAACGGUGCUGGACAAGCCACAAGCACAGCUGAACUCCUCGUUACAGCGGAGACGGCGCCCCCCACCUUCCUCCAGAGGCUGCAGAGCUCCACAGUGAGGCAGGGCAGCCAGGUGAGGCUGAGCGUCAGGGUCUCAGGGAUCCCCUCACCUGUAGUGAAGUUCUACAGGGAGGGAGCCGAGAUCCAGAGCUCUGCUGACUUCAGGAUCCUGCAGGACGGAGACCUGUACAGUCUACUGAUCGCAGAGGCCUUCCCAGAGGAUUCUGGGACGUAUUCUGUGACUGCCACCAACAGCAGCGGACGGGCCACGUCCACCGCCGAGCUGCUGGUUCAAGGUGAAGAAGCUGUUCCAAUAAAGAAAUCCAAGACUGUCAUGUCCACGUCCCAGAUGGAGACUUCAGAGUCCAGAAUGGAGCGGAAAAUGGAGGCCAGUUUCCAGGCCACCACCAUGAUGGAGAUGCACGUCGAAGGAGGAAUGAUGACUCAGCACGUCGAAGGAGGAAUGAUGACUCAGCACGUCGAAGGAGGAAUGAUGACUCAGCACGUCGAAGGAGGAAUGAUGACUCAGCACAUAGCUCAUAAAACCCCACCGCGGGUCCCCCCAAAGCCCACAUCCCGGUCCCCACCAUCUUUUGUUUCCAAGGUAACGGGAGGCCGCCAACAGUCCCCGUCCCCCGUCAGACACGUGAAGGGCCCGACGCCCGCACCUGUCAGGUCCGUUUCUCCCUCCAGCAGGGUGUCAAGUUUCCAGAUCAAACCUGUCAGGAGCCCAGUGAUGACCAGGAAGCAGGUUUCUGCCUCUGCAGAGGUCCUGCCGCCCUGGAAGCAGGAGGACUACGUGGCUGAAGGCUACACCACCAUGACCACAAUGAGCAGCAGCAGCGCCACCCAGCUGCACCUGGAGAAGCAGUGGGAGCACCAGGUGGUCUCCAGCAGAGAGGAGUCUGCUACCGUGCCAACCAGAGCCCAGGAACCUGCGCUUCCUCCUACUGUUGUUGCCGGCCUGAAGAAUGUGACGGUGACGGAGGGUGAUUCAGUGACCCUGGAGUGUCAGAUCAGUGCUCAGCCCGCCCCCGUCAUCCUGUGGUUCAGAGAGGACUACAAGAUCGAGAGUUCAAUCGACUUUCAGAUCAGCUACCAGAAUGGCUUGGCCCGGAUGAUGAUCCGUGAGGCGUUYGCCGAAGACAGCGGUCGCUUCACCUGCACCGCCACCAACGAGGCGGGAACCAUUAGCACCUCCUGCUACCUGCUCRUCAAAGUGUCAGAGGAAAUAGAGAGCAGAGAGGAGAUGGUGGCCGUCACAGAAACUGGAAUUACAAAAACACAAACGGUUGCUGUUGAGAUGAAGGAGCAGAUGGAGGUGAGUGCAGGAGAAUCUGCUGCUCCCUUCUUCAUCAAGAAACCCAUCCCCCAGAAACUGGUGGAGGGAGGAAGUGUCAUAUUUGAGUGUCAGGUUGGAGGAAACCCAAAACCUCACAUCAUCUGGAAGAAGAGUGGCGUGCCGCUCACCACCGGAUACAGAUAUAAAGUUGCCUAUAAGAAAGAAACUGGUGAAUGCAGACUUGAGAUCUCCAUGACUUUUGCUGAUGAUGCUGGAGAAUACUCCAUAUUUGCUAAGAAUCCCCUUGGAGAAUCCUCAGCGAUCGCCCUUCUUCUGGACGAAGAUCAAUAUGAAGCUUAUAUGAAGCAGCAGGAUGUGACGUACAAAACCGAAGUUAUGACAACCGUGGUCCCAGAGCCCCARCUGGUCUUGAGUCAGUACGAGCAGGACCAGAGGAGGGUGACCACCCCUAUGAGCUUUGUCUCAGAGACGGAAUUCCUCAUUUCAGCCUUUGAAGAGAGGAUCAUCCAGGAGAUUGAACUCCGAAUCAUGAGGAUCACAUACAGAGAGCUGGUGAUGGAGGACGGAGAGCUGAUGGUGACCAUCGCUGAAGAGGAGGCCACACAGCCAGUCUUUGACACACCAGUCAAAAACUACCGGAUUGUGGAGGGAAUGGGCGUCACUUUCCACUGUAGGAUGUCUGGAAGACCUCUGCCUAAGAUUGUUUGGUACAAAGACGGGCAGCGAAUCGAACCUAGUGGUAGGUACCAGAUGGAAGUUCUGCAGGACGGACGAGCCAGUCUGCGUCUGCCUGUCAUUCAGCCAGAAGAUGAAGGCGUGUACACGGCCUUCGCCUCCAACAUGAAGGGAAACGCUGUGAGCUCAGGGAAGCUCUACGUGGAGCCGUCAGGGGCUGUAACUCCUCCAAGAUACACGUCCCAAUCAUCACUGCAGAGGAUCAGGUCUACAUCUCCUCGUUCUCUGAGCCGCUCUCCAGGCCGGUCACCCAGCCGUUCACCUGGACGCUCUCCCGCCCGCCGCCUCGAUGAGACUGAUGAGGUUCAGUUGGACAGACUUUACAAACCUGUGUUUGUCAUGAAACCUUCUUCUAUAAAAUGCUCUGAGGGACAAACUGCCAGAUUUGACCUGAAGGUCGUUGGCAGACCGAUGCCGGACACUUACUGGUUCCACAAUGGACAACAAGUGGUUAAUGACUUCACUCAUAAAAUAGUGGUUAAAGAGGAUGGUACUCAGUCUCUGAUCAUUGUCCCUGCGGUGCCGAAAGACUCUGGAGAAUGGACUGUGGUGGCUCAGAACAGAGCUGGACGAACAUCUGUAUCUGUAACUCUGUCUGUUGAAGCUCGAGAAAGUGUGACCAGACCUCAGUUUGUUGAAAAACUCAAGAAUAUCACGGUGAAGCAGGGAACUCUGGUUGAACUGGCUGUUAAGGCCAUUGGAAACCCCCUGCCUGACAUUGUCUGGCUGAAAAAUAGUGACAUCAUCACCCCACAGAAACACCCACACAUUAGGAUUGAAGGAACCAAAGGAGAGGCCAAAUUUCAGAUCCCAUCCUCUGCCGGCACAGACAGUGCCUGGUACACCGCGACAGCCAUCAACAAGGCUGGCAGAGACACCACCCGCUGUAGAGUCAAUGUGGAGGUAGACCACAUGGUCCCUCUAGCUGAGAGGAAGCUCAUUAUCACCAAAGGAACGUACAAAGCCAAAGAGAUCGCAGCUCCAGAGUUGGAGCCCCUCCACCUACGAUAUGGCCAAGAGCAGUGGGAGGAGGGUGACCUUUACGACAAAGAGAAGCAGCAGAAACCCGUGUUCAAGAAGAAGCUGACAUCMAUCAGGAUGAAGCAUUUUGGUCCAGCUCACUUUGAAUGCAGACUGACUCCCAUCGGGGACCCCACCAUGGUGGUUGAGUGGCUGCAUGACGGCAAACCUCUGGCUGCUGCAAACAGGCUGCGCAUGGUCAACGAGUUCGGCUAUUGCAGCCUGGACUAUGAAGUGGCUUACGCUAGAGACAGUGGAGUCAUCACCUGUAGAGCCACCAACAAGUUUGGAGUGGACCAGACCUCGGCCACCCUGAUUGUGAAAGACGAAAAGGGCCUGGUUGAGGAGACGCAGCUUCCUGAAGGCAGGAAGGGAGCAUACCGAAUGGAUGAGAUUGAGCGCAUGGCUCAUGAAGGUGGACCUGCUGGAGUCAGCGGAGAUGACGAGUCUGAAAAGACAAAACCUGAAAUCGUUCUGCUCCCAGAACCAGCCAGAGUGCUAGAAGGUGACAUUGCUCGAUUCCGUUGCAGAGUGACCGGUUAUCCAGCUCCAAAGGUUAACUGGUAUCUCAACGGACAACUCAUCCGCAAAAGCAAAAGGUACAGACUUCGUUACGAUGGUAUUUAUUACCUGGAGAUUGUUGAUAUCAAGUCCUAUGACUCAGGAGAGGUCAGGGUGGUCGCAGACAAUCCUUUAGGCACAACUGAGCACACUGUAAAACUUGAGAUCCAACAGAGAGAGGACUUCAGAACAGUCCUACGUCGUGCCCCAGAACCCAGGCCUGCAGAAGCCUCAGAAUCUGGCAGGAUUGGAUUUGAUAUUGUCAAGUCAGACAGACCUGGGGAAACCGCACAGGACAGAGAAGUUGUUAAAUUGCGUAAAACCCAAAGAAUUGUUCAUGAGAGAACAUCUGAGGAGACAGAAGAGCUGAAGAGCAAGUUCAAGCGCAGAACAGAGGAGGGUUUCUACGAGUCCAUCUCUGCUGUGGAGUCCAAAUCCCAUAAGAGGGAUGACUCUUAUGAAGAUCUACUGAAGAAGACUAAAGAGGAGCUGCUUCAUCGUAUGAAGGAGAAAGAAGAGGAAGAAAGGAGGAGACUGGAGGAGCAAGGCACAGUCACUAUCCCCACUUUCAAACCAGAGAGGGUCCAGCUGUCACCCAGCAUGGAAGCACCCAAGAUCUUCGAGCGCAUUGCAAGCCAGACGGUCUCCCCAACAGACGAGGUCCAUUUCAGAGUCAGAGUCGUUGGAAGACCAGAACCAGAAUGCCAGUGGUUCAAAAAUGGUAUUCAGCUGGAAAAGUCUGACCGUAUUUACUGGUACUGGCCCGAGGACCACGUGUGUGAACUGGUGAUCAGAGAUGUCACCGUGGAGGAUUCUGCCAGCAUCAUGGUUAAAGCCACGAACAUUGCCGGAGAGUCCUCGAGCCACGCCUUCCUUCUGGUCCAAGCCAAGGCAACAAUUAGUUUUACCCAGAAUCUGGCAGAUGUUGGUGCCAAUGAGAAAGACACCAUGGUGACCUUUGAGUGUGAAACCAAUGAGCCAUUYGUUAAGGUCAAAUGGCUCAAGAAUGAUGUGGAAAUCUUCUCAGGAGAUAAAUACAGGAUGCAUUCCGACAGAAAAGUCCACUUCCUGUCUGUGCUGAUGAUUGAGAUGAGUGACGAUGCAGAGUAUUCUUGUGUAGUUCUAGAUGAUGAGAACGUCAGGACGACAGCACGGCUCUACGUAGAAGGUGCUUCCCUGGAGCUCAUUAAACACCUGGAGAACAUUGAAGUACCUGAGAGUUAUGCUGGAGAAUUUGAGGUUGAAUUGUCCCGUGAAGAUGCUGAGGGAACCUGGUUCUUUGGAGAAAAGGAACUCUCUCCCAGCUCUAAGUAUGUCAUAUCUUCCCGCCGAGGAAGACAUUCUCUGUCCGUUAAGGAUGUCAGGAGAGAAGACCAGGGGAAGUAUACCUUUGUUUGUGGAGAGCUCAGGAGCAGCGCUGCUCUGAAGAUGAAACUACGCCCCGUGACCCUGAUGCAGCCCCUCACCGACCUCACCGUAUGUGAGGGUGACAUAGCUCAACUGGAAGCCAGGUUUUCCCAGGAGAACGUUGAAGGAACCUGGAUGAAGAAUGGCCAGGUGGUCUCCGCCUCCGACCGGGUUCACAUCAUCAUCGACAAACAGGUUCACAAACUGCUGCUUGAGAACGUCAGCAGAGAAGACGCUGCUUCUUACUCUUUCGUGGUUCCAAGUCACGACAUCUCCACCUCAGGCAAACUUAGUGUUCAAACAAUCGACAUUUUGGUGCCACUGAAGGACGUAUCCUCCAUUGAAGGCACCAAAGCUGUUCUUGAGUCCAAGAUCUCUGCUCAGGACAUCAGCUCUGUCAAAUGGUACCACAAUGACAAACUGCUGAUGCCCAGUGACCGGGUCCAGAUCGUGGCAAAGGGAUCCAAGCAGCGUCUGGUCUUCACCAGGACCUUUGCUUCAGAUGAAGGACAUUACAAACUUGUGGUUGGAAAGGUUGAAACCAGCUGCAACCURACUGUUGAAGAGGUACACAUAGUGAAGCACAUGGAGGACAAAGAGUGCUCCGAGUCCCAGAAUGUUACUUUUAAUGUUGAAGUUUCUCACCCUGGAAUCGACCCAGUCUGGACCUUCAGGAACCAGCAGCUCAAAGCUGGAGUCAAAUACAAACUGGAGUCCGAGGGAACGUCUCACACUCUGAUGGUCAUUGACACCAUGAAGGAUGAAGAGGGCCAGUACAUGUUCCACGCUGGCGAAAAGACUUCCAGCGCUACUCUCACCGUCUCUGGUGGCGCCAUCACACGCCCCCUGCAGGAUGUGACAGUGGCCGAGUCCCAGACSGCUGAGUUUGAAUGCGAAGUCGCCAAUGCUGACGCUGAAGGCAAGUGGCUGAAGGACGGUCAGCUGGUGGACUCCAGUGAGAACGUCGUGAGCGAAGUGAUGGGAGCUGUCAGGCGCCUCAUCAUCGUCAUUACCAGACCACAGGACGUUGGAGAAUACACCUACCAGGUCGCCAACUCCAAAACCAGCGCCAACCUCAAGGUGGAGGCUGUGAAGAUCAAGAAGACUCUGAGGAACCAGACUGUGACUGAGACCCAGGAGGCCAUGUUCUCCCUGGAACUGACCCACCCAGACGUGAAAGGAUCCCAGUGGAUCAGGAACGGGCUGGAACUGCAGAACAGUGACAAGUACGAGAUCUCCUCCGAAGGAAYGGUGCAGACCCUGAAGGUGAAGGACUGCAACACGCAGGACGAGACGGUUUACUCCUUCAAACUGGGGAAACUGUCGGCCAACGCCCGGCUGAACGUAGAGACUAUAAAGAUCGUGAAGAAGAUUAAAGACGUGACAUCGCUGCUGGACGGCACCGCCUCCUUCGAGAUGAGCCUAUCACACGACAACAUCCCCGUCAGGUGGCUGUUCAACGGCGUGGAGCUCAAGUCCAGCGAGAAGUGCAAGAUUCUGUCGGAGAGGAAGGCUCACAAGCUGAUCCUGCAGAACGUGGACGGCAGCGCCGCGGGGGAGUACACGGCCGUGGUGGGACACCUGCAGUGCAGCGCCGCGCUCACUGUGGAGGCUCUGAGAGUCACCAAACCCCUGAAGAGCGUGGAGGUCCCAGAAACCCAGGUGGCCACGUUCGAGUGUGAAGUUUCCCACUUCAACGUGCCGUCCACCUGGCUGAAGGACGGCGUGGAGAUCGAGAUGAGCGAGAAGUUCAGGAUCGUGGUCCAGGGGAAACUGCACCAGCUGAAGAUCAUGAACACCAGCAGGGAGGACUCUGCAGAGUACACCUUCAUCUGYGGGAACGACCGCGUGUCCGCCACGCUCACCGUCAACCCUGUGCUCAUCACCUCCAUGCUGGAUGACCUGAACGCUCAGGAGAGAGACACCAUCACCUUCGAGGUCACCGUCAACUACGAGGGCAUCACCUACAAGUGGCUGAAGAACGGCGUGGAGGUGAAAUCCUCUGAGCGGUGCCAGGUCCGCAGCCGGCAGCUCACGCACUCGCUCACCAUUCGAAACGUGCACUUUGGAGACGGAGGGGAGUACCAGUUUGUGGCCGGCUCCGCCGCCACAGCUGCUAACCUGUUUGUUGAAGCUCGAGUCAUCGAGUUCACCAAGAAGAUCAAAGACAUAAAGAUCACAGAGAAGAAGAAGGUCGUGUUUGAGUGUGAAGUUUCUGAGCCCAACAUCCAGGUGAUGUGGAUGAAGGACAACCAGGAGCUGGACCUGUCUGAGGACAGGUACGUGGUGACUGCAGAGAAGUACGUUCAUCGCCUGAUGAUCCAGACGGUCCGGAUGUCUGAUGCUGGAGAAUAUUCUGUGGUGGCCGGAUCCAGUGUCUCCAAGGCCCACCUGACUGUGGAGGGCCGCGACAUCCGGAUCUCAGAACCUGCCGAGCGAGAGAUCACAGUUCUGGAGAAACACAGAGCCACCUUUGAGUUCGAGGUGAACGAAGACGACGUGGAGGCUCGCUGGCUGAGGAACGGCGUGGAGAUCCAGUUCUCUCUGGAGGAGAGGUUCAGCUACGUGUCCAUCAGGAAGCUGCACCGCCUCACCAUCUCUGAGACGUACCGGAGCGACGCCGGGGAGUACACCUUCAUCGCCGGCAAGAACCGGAGCACCAUGAACCUUCGGGUCAACAUCCCGGAGCCUCCUCAGAUCCUGCACCACAUGGAGCCCCAGUCUGUGGAGGCCGGGAAGCCGGCGCGCUUCUCCGUGCAGGUGAGCGGCGUGCCCCCACCGCAGGUCAACUGGUACAAGAACUCCCAGGCUCUGUCGCCGGGCUUCAAGUGCAAGUUCCUGCACGACGGCACCGAGCACACCCUGCUGCUGAUCGAGGUCUUCCCCGAGGACGCCGCCGUCUACAACUGCGAGGCCAAGAACGACUACGGCACKGCCACCAGCACCGCCACGCUCAACGUGGAAGUCUCUGAGGUGGUCUCUCCAGAUACAGCUGCCCCCAUCUGUCCCCCCGUCAUCGUCACACCCACUGUGGACACCUCGGCCCACGAAGGGGACUCGGCUCACUUCCUGUGCAGAGUCCGUGGAGACGAUGUGAAGAUCAGCUGGUUCCACAAGGAGAAGGAGAUCAAGCAGUCGGACUUCUUCAGGAUGUCUCAGUUUGAUGACAGCUGUCAGCUGGAGAUCUCCAGAGUUUAUCCUGAGGAUGAAGGAGAAUACAUGUGCGUGGCCUCCAACAGCGCCGGCAGAGUGUCCUGCUCUGCCACCCUCAGUCUGGACGUGACGGGUGUGAGGGAGCAGAUCCACGCCACCAUGGAACAGGAAGUUAAAGAGCGGAGCAGCGAGCUCACUAGCACCCGGCAGCUCCGCGGAGCUUUCUCCGACACCGAGGAGUUCAUCGACCACGGCCUGGUGUCGGCCAACCGCUGCUCCAGCAGGACCUCCUCCAUCGGCUCCUGGACUGAGAACAUCAAACCGUCCUUCACCAAGAAGCUGAAGUUCCAGUCGGUGCUGGAGGGGGACCCGGUAGAGUUCAAAUGUAAACUGAUAGCUUGUCCUCCCCCAACAAUCCUCUGGUUUCAUAAUAACAGAUCCAUCCCUAAAGAGCGCAGGCGUAGGAUCAGCACUGACAGCAAACUGCACGUGCACACCAGCUGUCUGCUGAUUGACAGCAUCAAGGAGAGGGACUCUGGCAGUUAUAAGGUGAUGGCCAUCAACACGGAGGGUUCUGCCGAGUCCACAGCUUCACUGUUGGUCUCGCUCCGAGAGGAGCAGUCGGCCAACUACCUGGGCUUCGUCCGGCGCUCGGCCAAAGCCCACGAGAGUGUAGACAGCUUGGCAGAGGAGAGGAAGGAGAGGAAGAUCAGAGUGGACCUCAGAUGUGUGGGUUCUCCGUUUGAUAAGAUGUCUAAAGUCCAUCAGGGUAGGUCUCGAUCUAAGAGUGCUUUGGUGCGUACUGUCUACUUCAAGUCUGAGGCUUCUUUGAAAGAAAAAGACUCAGAGAAGGAAUCCAAACGUUUGGAAACCGCCUCUGAGCGCGCUCCGUCCCCUCCCCCGAUGUUUGACAGGUCGGAGCGUUUCAACGACAGGUUCAGUGAUAUCUACUGCGACCGGCGCACCGGUGCCAGGUUCAGUGAUAAGUUCAGCGACAGGUGCAGCGACAGGUACAGCGACAGGUUCAGUGACACUGAGAGCCUCCACAACGAGGUGAGAGCAAAGCUUACCACUCUGCAGAAAGCUGUGAAACAGAAAAAGAGGCUUUCUAUCUCCACCAUGUCUUCAUCUGAGUUUGAGCUGGAAUCAGUCACCAGUGAGUCGAGUUACGCAGAAUAUGUAGAGAGGCUGAGAGUCAAACCUGCCUCUCUGCCUGAUGUCCAGCAGUUCAAUCGACCCUUCAAUCAGGGGGAGAAAAAAACAGGCAGAGAACCAUCUCACCCUCGAGCCAGACACUCGUUUGAGCCCCAGUCCAGAACCAGGGCCAUUCAGAUCAUGAGAGGAGAGCUGGUGGACACCAUGGUGUCUCAGGAAGACAGGAAGUCAGCSGAGACUCUGGAGGACAAUAAAGCUGCUGGUUAUCAGUCAGAUGGUAGAUUUGAGCCGAAGGGCAGUGAACAUCACAGAGCUGAGGCUGAGCUGAGUUACAAAGAGAUCCUUUAUUCUGAAGGUGCAGAAGGCAGAGAGGCAGCAUCACACCUCUCUGAAGCGGGUCGACCCGUAGGCUCAGAAACAGCUGAAGGUUCUGAGGAAUCUCUCAGAGCUCAGUACCAGAGGAGCCUGGAGGAUGAGCGAAAGGAAUGUGAAGACAAACUCCUUGCUCUGAGGAUCAGGAAGUGGCAGCAAGGCAACAGGAUGUCAGAGGAAGAGAUGUUCCACCCAGAAACUGAUGUUCCAGUGCCAACCGAGACAGAGUACCUAGAGCCCACAGCACACACCUACCCCCAGCAGGAGAUGGAGGAGAAAAGAUCUGCCAUGGAAAGUAUGACCAAGCCCACCUCUUUUCCAAAGCCAUGCACCAAAAAGGUGAAAGCGUUGGAAACUGGGUACGUGGAGCCYGAGGAGCACAUUUAUAGCCAGCAGGAUGUUGUACAGAGAAGAUCAGCUGAAACUAGAGAUAUCAUGCAGCCCUCUUUCCAAAGAACAUCCACUACAAAAACAAAGAUUCUUGAUCCUGAGGCUGAAACAUCAAAGUUCUCUAAAUUACAAACUGGAGGAGUGGUCAUGGAGAAGUCCGCCUCCACUGAUGUAGAAGCAGCUGAAAAACCAGAUGAGACCUUGAGGGCUCAGUAUGAGCAGAGCUUGGAGGCUGACAGGAUGGAAUGUGAGGAGAAGCUGCUCGCUUUGAGAAUCAGAAAAUGGCAGCAAGGCAUGCACAUGUCAGCGAGGACACCAGACACUGGGUUAAUGGAGCCUGAGGAACACAUUUAUAGCCAUCAAGAUGUUGUAAAGAAAAGAUCAGCUCAGGAACGUGAGGCCAUCCUUCCAUCUUUCCAGAAACCAUCCACCAUAAAGACAAGGAUGCAGGACAUUGGUUUGAUGGAGCCUGAGGAACACCUGUACACUCAACAAGAAGUCUUGAAGCAAAGAUCAGCUGAGGAAAGUGGGACCAUCCCAUCCCCUUUCCAGAAAUCUUCCAGGAUGCCUGACACUGAGUACAUAAACCCAGAAGAGCACAUUUACAUCCAGCAGGAAUUUCUGAAUAAAAGAUCAGCUCAGGGAAGUGACACYAUGCACCCAUCUUUCCAAAAACCAUCCAUUAUGAAGGCGAAGACACCAGGCACUGGGUUGAUGGAGCCUGAGGAACACAUUUAUAUCCAUCAAGAUAUUGUGAAGCAAAGAUCAGCUGAGGAGGGUGAGGCCAUCCCUUCUGCUUUCCAAAAACCAUCCAUUAUGAAGGCGAGGACACCAGACACUGGGUUAAUGGAGCCUGAGGAACACAUUUAUAGCCAUCAAGAUGUUGUAAAGAAAAGAUCAGCUCAGGAACGUGAGGCCAUCCUUCCAUCUUUCCAGAAACCAUCCACCAUAAAGACAAGGAUGCAGGACAUUGGUUUGAUGGAGCCUGAGGAACACCUGUACACUCAACAAGAAGUCUUGAAGCAAAGAUCAGCUGAGGAAAGUGGGACCAUCCCAUCCCCUUUCCAGAAAUCUUCCAGGAUGCCUGACACUGAGUACAUAAACCCAGAAGAGCACAUUUACAUCCAGCAGGAAUUUCUGAAUAAAAGAUCAGCUCAGGGAAGUGACACUAUGCACCCAUCUKUCCAAAAACCAUCCAUUAUGAAGGUGAGGACACCAGACUCUGGGUUGAUGGAGCCUGAGGAACACAUUUAUACCUAUCAAGACGUUGUGAAGAAAAGAGCAGCUCAGGAAUGUGAGGCCAUCCUUCCAUCUUUCCAAAAACCAUCCAGCAUGAAGAACCUGUACUCUCAACARGAGGUGGUAGAGAAGGGAGGACUUGUGGCAAAGGGGACCUCUGUCUCUUUGCCUGAAAUCAAACAGAAAGCUCAGACAAGAGAACAAGAAGCAGCGGUUCCAGCUGAGUCAGCACAAAAAUCUCCCAAAAUACAAGUCGGAGCAAAGGGAGCAGAAGGUCAGUCACCUAAAAGAAAAGUCAGAGCAGAGAGGAAGUUGUUUGAGAAGUCAAAAGAAGAACGAGACCUCCAGCUUUCCAGGGAGAACCUCUCGGAGCUGGAAAGUGAGAAGUGUGUUAGUGAAGAGGAGGCCUUGACUCAGAGAAUAAUGAAAUGGCAGCAGGAUGUUCUGAUGGAGCAACAGUCUGUACAAGUAGAGUCAGACUGGGCUGAGGGUUAUCCUCAGUUCCAGACAGAGGUGACCCCCGAUGUCAGAAGAAACGUUCCAGAACACAAAAGAGACAUUUCUCCCAGAAAAACCACAGAGGAGGAGGUGCUGCUGACCACCUCAGUUCCAGCUGCUUUCCGGGAUCAGGCAGGUGAAGUCCCGCAGUGGCCACCAGCCGAGGAGCUGCUGACAGAAGGCAGAGAGACCAGGCUGCAGACAGACAGCGAGUACUUUGUAAGCGAGGAAGAAGCCAUGGCUCAGCGCAUCCUGAAAUGGCAGCAAGAUGUUGUUGAACCAGAGCUGGAGUCAGAGUGGGCUUUGGAUAAUCAGAUCAAACAGUCCAGUCCUGGAUUUGAGUCCCAGGUUCUUCCAUUUGCUGAUCUGGCACAACAUGGUUCUCCUGCUGAUGGAACUCUUCAAAGUACAAAACCUGGUCAACAAGCUGCCCGGUUUAAACCAUCUGUUCAAGAGUCGUCUUUUAUACCAACCAGUCCUGCAUUAGGUCCUACUUUAUCUUCGGAUGUAGCUGCACCUGUUGCUUCUGUGAAAGCUUCACAUCCACCAGGUGAUGUGGGAGGACAGGCUGAGAGGAGGCUGAGCAGAGAGGAGUCUGCACUGACUGUUGAUAAAUUAAACCACCAGCGCUUCCAGACAGAUGUGAGAAACAGGAGAGGGAUUAAAGAGGAGAUAGGGACUAGCAGAGGGAGCAGUGACUGGAGACAACAGAAAGGUUUGUCAGCUGCAGGAAGAGGCGAAGAGUUCAAAAUAUUAAGAGGAGGAGGAGCAACAAGUGGGGGAAGCUCCAAACAACAACAAGAACAAGCCAAACCUACAGAAUCUCAGAGCGUGGGAAAAGAAGAGACCAGUUCUUCAGGAUCCCCUCCAAAGUUUUUGAAAGAAAUCCCUUCACUCAAAGUAAAAGUUGGUGAGAUGUCAGAAUUCAUGUGCCAGUUCCAAGGGGAUCCUCUGCCCACCGUUAACUGGCUCAAAAAUGGACACCCAGUAGCCCACCACCCUGACUAUGAUAUCACAAACAGGUCUAACACGUCCAAGCUGACUGUUUUCUAUCCAACGACUGACCAUGAGGGGACAUAUGACUGCAUCAUAACCAAUAAUCACGGUGAAUCCAUCUGCAGUGCCACGCUUCAGAUUUCAGACAGAAAGGGGUUGAGACAAGCGGACAUCACUCAGGAAGUGUUCGUUACAGAAGAGCCUGACAAACGUGAAGAGAGUCUGAUCGAGGAAGAACUGCAGACCUACAUGGAUUCAGGAAUGGCAACGCUUCAAGUUCCUCAGACUGUGAUCCACAAACGCCGGUGCUCAGAUGAAUCCUUCGCCGCCUCCCCAGUAGAAAUCAGAAUCACAGCUGCUACUCCUCUCCCAGAGAUGUUGGAGGAAAGCAGCGAGCACCAGCCUCAGCCUCUCCCAGAGAAAACUUCAGAGGUUCUCAGUGAUGAGGGAGCUUCUCAGACUUUUAAACACAAGUUUACCUUCUCCUUUGAUGUGGUUGGAGAAGCUCCUUGUGUGGUGACUGAGUUGGAGAAUGUCAGCUGUUCUGAGGGCAGCACUGCUCUCAUGGAGUGCGUUAUCUCCGGUGAACCUGCCCCUGAAGUCACAUGGUACUUUAACAAUGCUUGUCUUGAUGUCACAGCUGGGAAAUACAGAGCUGAGGUGAGUGAGAAGUCAUACAGGCUAUAUGUUAGCAGUGUUACCCACACUGAUGCUGGAGUCUACAAAUGUAUAGCUACAAAUAAACUCGGGGAGGUGACCAGCAUGUCCCAUGUGUCCUUGGAUCUAGCAGGACCUGUGCAGUUUUCAAAGAGUCUUUUUUCUUCUGGAAGAGUGGGUGCCCCUCUUGUUGGAUUACCUGAGGACGUACUGAAACCUGCCGCUGUGCUUAAACCUGUCUUCUCUUCUACAGAAGAUAAAUUUCCUUCAGCCGUAGCUGUCACUGCCCCAAAGACCAGACCUGGUCUAUCUGCAGAGCCUCCGACUCUAUCAGGAUGUGGUCUUCAGGGUUCUGCUGCUGUGAUUAAAGUGUCUCAGAUUAAACAGGCCUUUGAGUCAGAUUCACCAGGUGCUUUAAUGACACCUCCCUGUCUUGAAGAUCAACUGGAGGAAACAGAGUUCCCAGAGGAGUUCAUACCUCCUGUGGCGAUGUCCUUUGACCAACAAGAAGAGAGAGUUGGACUCACUUCUGAGAAGAAGCAUAAAACACACAGUGAUGAACUUGUUCCAAAAGGAAAUCCACAUUUUCCUAAAGCCCCAGAACCAGCUGUUUCUGAGCCCUCUGAGCCCCCUGGUUUUGACCAGGUCCCAACAGGAAGCCAUGACGCAGUGAAGCAGUUUGUAGAGGAAGUUGAAGAGUCAGUGAUGAAGGUUACACCUGCUGGUGUCCAUGAACAGAUAAGGCAUGGUGAAAUGAAAACAGAGAAGGAAGAAAUGGUCAGGACGUUGGACAGAACCAGCAGCUUCAUUCCUUUCAGGUCUGAAAAAGCCCCCCUAGUGAAAUAUUUGGUCAGAACCACAGCUUCUGCUGAAGAUGCUGGAGGAGAUGAAAGGAUUUAUGGACCUUCAGCUGAAGAUGAACGACUUGUUGGAACAGAUGUUGUGGAAAUGUUAGCAGAAGCUGAACCCUUCAUUGAUGAGGGGGUCAAAGGGUUAGAGGAGACUUUUGUUUCAGAGGAAGCUGAAGUUGUAKGUAAAGACCUGAUCUCAGUUUCAGAGCCGUCAGUGGACAGCAGAGGUUUGGUCAGUGUCACAAAGGAGACUCUGAUAGGAAAAGCAGCUAGAGCUGAAAGAAAAUUAGAAAAGAUUCAAGUCCCUGGAAAACCAAAACCUGAACCAUUGACUGUUAAGCCCAAUUUAGAUGUUCCAGUUGGACAGGAACAGAAAGAAGACAGUUUAGAAGGUGCCAUGGCAGCAGCUGUCGGCUCAAUGGAGGAAGAGGAGGUGACGUUCGGAGCUGUCUACAGCUACUACAACCCUCCAACAGACUGGGGUAGACCUCUGUCCCCCGAGUCUGAGAUGUCCAUAGAGAUUGGCAGCACUAUGAGUGAGGAGAUACCUGAGCCAGCUGAGAGGUUUUACACCCCAGGCUCCUCCACGGAGGUCUCGCAGCCCAUUGCAGAGUCCCUCCACACUCUGAAAUCUCCUCCAUCUUUUCACAUUUCAGGUUCUGACUCACCUGGUGGGUUUAAGACACCUGAAGAGUUUCCCUUCUCCUCUGCGGAGCGUAAGAGACCCUCCACGGGAGAYUCCAGUGAGAAGUUCUUCUCACCUGUUCACUUCUUGAGCUCUCCUGCUGAUGAAGGCUUUAGAACUGAUCCAUCAGAAGUAAACUUGGAUGAAGAUAGAUUCCUCACUCCAGGCAAAGGGUCYUUGGGGCUGGCCACCCUUCAGGAAAAAGUCCAGGGAAUACCUCCAGCUUUCCUCAAACCUCUCAUUAAGAAAAGAGUGUUUGAAAAUGACUCUCUGAGCUUCUAUGCUGAGGUUUUUGGCCUGCCUUCCCCUGAGGUUAGGUGGUUUCUCAAUAAAACUGAACUGGUGGCAGACGACCGUAUUAAAAUGGAGAGAGAUGGUGAUAACAUCUCUCUAACCAUCCACAGUGUCACUAAGGCUGAUCAGGGCGAAUAUAUCUGUGAGGCUGUGAACUAUGUUGGAGAAGCCAGAAGUGUUGCUCUGGUGGUGGUGGUAUCGCAGGAGGUGAGGUUCAUGCCGGCGCCCCCUGCUGUCACCCAUCAGCACGUGAUGGAGUUUGAUGUGGAGGAGAAUGACUCUUCUCGUUCUCCAUCCCCUCAGGAGAUUCUGCUUGAGGUAGAACUGGAUGAAAACGAGGUGAAGGAGUUUGAGAAACAGGUUAAGAUCGUGACCAUUCCCGAGUACACGGCCGACAAUAAGAGCAUGGUCAUUUCUUUGGAUGUACUCCCCAGUAUUUACGAGGAGGGCACUGUGGACUUUGUCACCCAGGAACAUGAUGAUUUGAAAAUAGCUUUUGAGGUCACAGAGAUGCCUCCCAGGUUCAUCAAUCCCAUCUGUGACAUGGAAACCCCCGAGGGUACCACUGUCAUGUUUGAGUGCUCUCUGAUGGGAAUUCCUUCUCCCAUUGUGUCCUGGUUCAAAGGUGACAAAAAGAUUCCACACAACACAAAGAAAUACCUUCACUCCUCUGACGGAGAUACCCACUUCCUGAAGAUCUGUAAAGUUUCCACACAGGACAGUGGGGUUUAUACCUGCAGGGCCAUCAACCUGGUUGGAGAGACUCUGUGUAGAGCCUCCCUGGUGGUUCUGAGUGCCAAGCAGUUCUCAGGGAAGACCAGGGGCAGGGAGCUGACCGCCGUGUCUCUAGGAAGCGCUAAAGUCCAGCCGCAGAAGUUUGACCUGAUGGUUGGUAACACCUCGUUUGAUGGUGAACAGGUGUCAGAAAUUGAGCUGGAGUUUGAGUUUGAGCAGGAGGCUGAUGAGUCUCAGCGAGCGGUCCGGCUGGUGGCCAACACCGAUAACCAAACGAGCCAACAGGGGGAGAAAUACGUCAGCAUCAACUUUGAUGUUUUUGCUGAGCCAGCAAAGGAUGAAAAGAUAGAGUUUAAAGGAAAAUCCUCUGAGAUGUGUAGCUUCCACUUCCAGGUAACUGAAAUGUCCCCUAAAUGUGUCAUCCCCUUAAACAACCUAACGGCAGCAGCGGGCACGCCCGUCAUGCUGCAGUGUUUGUUCAACGGGAAGCCCAACCCCACUGCGCAGUGGUACAAGGACGGAGAGCCCGUCACAGACAGUCGAUGUAUCAUCCAGGAGAAAAGUGCUGGUCAUUUUAAUCUGCUCAUUACCAACGUGAGCCAGAGUGAUGCUGGGGAGUACAAGUGUCUGAUCCAGAACUCUGCCGGUUGUACAGAAACCACAGCUCUGCUGAAGGUCUUCUGAGCUGAGGUGGGCUGGUUGCACAAAGAUCACCCUGCAGUCUGACGUUCAUCUUUGAUUUAUUGAUGUUUCAAACACCUGAUACUGAAACUGUACUGACGUCAACACACAUUCAUUUAAGGACAUUUAAUGACAUUUAAUGACAGAAAAACUCACAAAGUGAGUCACUUUUGUUUUGUUUCAGUGAGAUUUUUAUGUUUGUUGAGUUUUAAUAAUCUUUGUGUGACCAGCCUGCUGCUGAAAACGAGAAGCUUUGAUCUGUUUCUAGUUUAAAAUGAUUUUUCUGUCAGUUUUGUGAAACCUGAGUUUUAAUGAACUUGUUUUUAGAAGAAUCAAAGUUCAUAUGAUUUUGGUGACUCUGAGUGAGUGAGUUAGAAUUUAGGGAAAGAAGUUUAAACUGUUGUUAAAACUCUUCCUGUGACACAAACUGCAGCUGCUGCUUUUAAUUAGAUUUAAUUAAAGUUCAUGAAGUUAACCAGAUAUGUUUAACAUUUCCACUGAAUGUGGAAACGCUGCAUAGUUUGUGUGUGUGUGUGUGUGUGUGUGUGUGUGUG